GCUGGGACACGCGCUCCCGGCCGCGGCAACUCGCUCCAAGUUCCCUCCCUCGCUCCCUGGCGCUGGCAGCCGGAGCCCUCCCACUCGGCUCAGACCGAGCCGCCGCGGCCGCCGCCAGCUCGGCUCCCCAACGCCUCGCGCCCCGGACCCCGUGGCCUUCCCAGUCCCUCGCUCUGCCCUCCGGUGGCCCGGCCCCCGUCCCUCGCGGGCCUCGACUCCUUCUCCCCGCCGUCCCCGGAGCCCGGUGCCCGGCUCGAGCCGCACAGGGGAGCGCGGCCGAGCUGUCUCCAACUGGACAUCCAGGGCACCUCUCCUGUUCUUUCUGACUCUUGAAUUGGAAGCUAACAAGACUCUACAGCCUGGAAAGGAAGUAAAAGCUAUUUCGUGCAGUGGAGAGUACUUGAAGGGAGCAAGGAUUCCCUGCGAUUCCUGCCUGCAACUGGGCAAACACUUAUUCCCCUCUCAGCUCUGCCUGCAGUUGAACACAAAGACCUGGAGGAGACUCCCACAUCCUUCGGGGAGGAGAAAGGAGGCGGCGAGGCCCGAUUAAAGGAACUUGGAGGCUGGUGGCCUCUCCGCACCGGCCGGCCGGCGAGGGGGCGAGGGGGCGAGGGGAUUAGAGUCCCGGGGCGGUGACCGAGCAGGAGAUGAGGCGCUGCUGCCGCCGCUGACCCUCGGUUCCUGACCAUCCGCUGCGCUUUGUGCCGCCCGCACAUGUGUCUGCCCGGCGCAUCCGGAGGCGCGCACACGAGCAUCCACCACGGCCGCCGGGGAGAGAGUGCCCGCCAUGCCCACGGAGAGCCUACAGACAGGUAGCAUGGUGAAGCCGGUCAGCCCCGCCGGCACCUUCACGUCGGCCGUGCCCCUGCGCAUCCUCAACAAGGGGCCCGACUACUUUCGCCGCCAGGCGGAGCCCAACCCCAAGAGACUCAGCGCCGUGGAGCGGCUGGAGGCCGACAAGGCCAAGUACGUCAAGAGCCAGGAGGUCAUCAACGCCAAGCAGGAGCCCGUGAAGCCGGCGGUGCUGGCCAAGCCCCCCGUGUGCCCCGCCGCCAAGCGCGCGCUCGGCAGCCCCACGCUCAAGGGCUUCGGCGGCGGCGGCGGCGGAGCCAAGAGCGAGGGGGGCGCGCCUCGCGAGACCCUGAAGCUGGAGAUCCUCAAGAACAUCCUCAACAGCUCCGAAGGCUCGAGCACGGGCUCGGGCCACAAGCACAGCGCGCGGAACUGGCCGGCGCCCCGGGCUGACGCGGCCGAGCUGCACCGGCACUCGUUCGCCGAGUCGCUGCGCGCGCGCCCCGCACCGGGCCGGGGCAGCCCCCAGGAGGGCGGCUCGCACGUGGGCCGCCGGCCGCCCGAGCCCGCCUCUUCCGCCGCCGCCGCCGCCGACGCCUUUCUGCACGUGUCGCACAGCUCCUCGGACAUCCGCCAGGGGCCCGGGGCCAGGCCCCUGAAGGCCAUCCUCCCCUGCAGCAGUUCCGCCCCGCCGCUGCCCCCCAAGCCCAAGGUGGCCGCCCCGGCCGCAGUCAAGUCCCCCGAGGCUGAGGCGACCGAGCCGGCCGGCGGAGUGGGCCGGAGACCCUCGCUGCAGCGCUCCAAGUCAGACUUGAGCGAUAGGUAUUUCCGCGUGGACGCCGACGUGGAGCGCUUCUUCAACUACUGCGGACUGGAUCCAGAGGAGCUGGAGAACCUGGGCAUGGAGAACUUCGCGCGGGCCAACUCGGACAUCAUCUCGCUCAACUUCCGCAGCGCCAGCAUGAUCAGCUCGGACUGCGAACAGUCUCAGGACAGUAACAGUGACCUUAGGAACGAUGACAGUGCCAAUGACCGGGUGCCCUAUGGCAUCUCCGCCAUCGAGAGGAACGCGCGCAUCAUCAAGUGGUUGUACAGCAUCAAACAGGCCAGGGAGUCGCAGAAGGUGUCCCACGUGUAAGAGGCAGCAGCGCGCCCGGAGGGAGGCAGGGGGGGUCUCUGUCCGCGCCUCGGCACUUGUGAAGGUUGUGAGGUCUCCUUGAAGUGUUGUGAGCUUCUCCACUCUCUUUGUGUUGCUUGUUGUGCAAUGUCUUUCCAGUUGCAUGCCCGCCAACACGGGGACUGACCUGGCGUCCUCGGCUACCAUCGCUGCAGAGCCUGGCUGGUUGCGCGUCACCCGCCCCAAAGUGUCAGGCCACAUCCUAAUUUAGGGCUUCAAUCUUUGGCAAAACUGUUUACACGGAAAACGGUAUACAACUUCUUCAAUAUUUAUGUGGUUCUAGUGUUUUUAUAUCCCGCGCUAUGGUGUCUUAAUUAAAGGUUUUAUCAACUGGCUUUUAA